AUGCAAAAACCGGAAGAUUCAGUGAUGGGUACAAUACCUGAUCGUAUUCAAGAGCCAAUUCCUAUUGAUUUUGACGCAAUCAUUCAAUCGAAUAUAUCAACGCUAAAGAGAUGGACCCCGUUUGAGUCGUUUGAGAGGAUAUACGACUCAAAGAGUGAUAAGUCGAUGAAAUCAUUUGUUAGUGCGGUGAUGAACAAGGAAGAUGUCUAUGUGAUAGUUCACGACACGCGCGGAAAUGUCUUCGGUGGCUACACAAAGAAGCCGAUCGUGAACUUUGCAGAUCAAACGGGCAAUACAGACAACUUCGAUGAUAACCAUUACAUCUUUGUUCUCCUUAGAAAUGGAAAGGACACUCAACCAAAAAUGUUUACACCAAGUCGGCGGCGCGCUGGCUUCUAUGUAUACACGCAAGGUAUUUAUUGGUUUGAUAUGGGAAACCAUGACGGAAGACUUUCCAUAGCUACGCCUGGGUAUAACGGUUCGUAUAAUAGAAAUUUAAAUCUGGGGUAUACCAUUGACGAUGAAACUGCUAUCAAUGGGGAUACCACCUUGUUUCAGAUCUAUACUGUCGCUCGAAUAAUCGUCCUAAAGAUCACCAGCUAA